UCGAGGUCGGGUCCAGAUCGAGUCGCCAGCUGUCCGCUGAACGUUACGUUUAGCUUUCGACGAUUGAUGAUGAUGAUGAUGAUGAUGAUGAUGAUGACUCAGUCAGUGGCAGCAGCAAAUCUUAAUUAGUGGAAGAAGCUAGCCUCAGUUAACGUUUGCCCCAUAUAACUCAGAUUAGGACUAUUUCGACUCAGCUCUGGACGUUACUGCGGUCAGAUGCAUUCGGGUUCGGCCGUAAUUGCAGUCAGAUACAUUCAGGUUCGGCCGUAAUUUCAGUCAGAUACAUUCAGGAAAGUCUCUAUAGUGUGAGUGUGUGCCCGCAGUUUGGCACACAGUUAGUGGAAGCAGCUAACGGUGGGUAACGGUGACAAACGGCCAUUGACGGGAACAGCCCGCUUUCGGCGAAGUCAAACUGUUGAUGUCAUCGGAAAGGUCGUCGCUCGGGGGUUGGUCACGAUUCCGUCUUCUUUCGGAUUGUGGGUGUUUUCCCUUAUUCGUCUGAAUUUGGACGUAAUUCCGGCGAUAUUCCUGCAUGGACUACACAAGAAGUAUGUACGGGGUAAUCCGUCAUCAUCAUCUUCAUCAUCAUCAUCAUCGUCAUCAUCAUCAUGAGCUGGUCGUACGUAACAGGGGACACGCUUUUGACGUCUUAAUAGGUCAACGGAAUCUGGACGUCUUUGUGGUCCACUGGAAGUCGCAAUUGCGGCCACAUUCAGUGCAUUUGGUAGGUAAUGUGGAGUGGGAGGGCGCAGCGAAGCAACAAGAGCGAUAUCCUGACGACGGAAGUUUUCGGAUGCGUCAUCUGAAUGUUGCUCGUAAUACCGGCCAGAUACGUCCUCUGGAAUUAACUAAAAUAGUACGAGCAUGCGUCUCUCGAAGUCAAUUGAAUUUGAAGCCACGUUCAGUGCAUUUGGUCCUUGGAGUGGGAGGAGGCACCGAAGUCCAAGCAAGUCGAGGUGAUGGCGGGAAGGAAGGUGUAAUGGAUAUGGCGGGAAAGGAAGAAGCAGGCAUGGCGGGAAAAGAAGGAACAGCAAUUGCGGUCAUGGCGGCCAUGGGGGGGGGAAAAAAAGCCAUGGCGGUGAUGGCGGGAAAGAAAGAAGCGUGCAUGGCGGGAAAAGAAGAAACAGCCAUGGCGGUGAAGGAAGGAGAGGAAGAAGCAGCCCUGCAUAGCGGGAAAAGAAGAAGCCGCGAUGGCGGGAAAAGAAGCAACAGUCAUUGCGGUGAAGGCGGAAGAGGAAGAAGCAGCCAUGGCGGGAAAAGAAGAAGCCGCGAUGGCGGGAAAGGAAGAAGCAGCCAUGGCGGCCUUCGGCGAACAUUGGAGUGGAAGGAAGAAGCAAGGUGUGGUCUUCGACGAAGAAGAAAGAAAUGGAGGCUAUGGUGUAAGGGAAGAAGAGGCUAUGGUGGCACACUUACGAAGCAGUGAUGGAUAUGGAGGCUAUGGUGGAAGGGAAGAGGGUAGGGUGGCACACUGACGAAGCAGUUAUGGAAGCGGAGGAAGAAGAGAAGGAAUGGUGUGUGAGGACAAAGAGAAUAUCUUUCUAUUCUCUUUGUUGAGGACGGAUGGAAACGAAUAGGUGGUGGCUAUGGAAGCACUUGUAUUCGACAAGAGCGGCGAAAGUGGAAGCUCGACAAAGAGAAGAGAGAGAGACGUAGAAGCUCAGGUGUGAAAGGUGGGAGCUAUGGCCGCGGCUACGGUGGCAACGAAGAAGCUAUGCAGUGAAAGAAUCCGUCCGUCCUUUGCUGAAUUUGGCUGCUGAAGAAGCUAUGGAGUGAAAGAAUCCCUCCGUUGCUGAAUUUGGCAGCGGAAGAAGCUCUUGGUGGGGGAUGGCGUAUUUGACUGUGAAGCUUUGCCAAUGGCGGCGACAGAUUUGACUGUGAAGCUUUGGCUAUGGCGUCGACAUAUUGGAGUGUGAAGCUUUGGCUAUGGCGGCUGUUGACGAGGAGAUGUGGUCGUUAUGGGUGGGGUCCACGAAGCUAUGACCAUGGUGGAACGUAUGAAGUCCUGGCUAUGGUUGAUUUUGAAGCUUUGGCUAUGGCGGCUGUUGACGAGGAGAUGAGGUCCUUAGGGGUGGGGUCCACGAAGCUAUGACCAUGGUGGAACGGAUGAAGUCCUGGCUAUGGUGGAUUUUGAAGGAGCUUGGAGGAGCUAAAAGCUAUGGUGACGGAGGGCAAAGAUCCCCGUGCAAGGCAACGACAGAUUUUGACUUCGAAGCUCGCAGCUUCAGGUCCCGACUGCUUAGGAAACCGUCUAUGGGAGGAGGAGGAGGAGGACUCUGAAGAUCGGAGUUUCAAGUCCCCACUGCGUAGAGAACCGGGUACGGGAGAAGGAGAAUGAGGAGGAAGAGGAGAGAGCGAGGAGGAGGAGAGGAGAAGGAGAGAGUGAGGAGGAGGAGGAGAGGAGGAGAGACCGAGGAAGAGGAGGAGAGAAGGAGGAGGAGGAGUGGGCAGAUCGGAGCUUGCAAGUCCCCACUGCGUAGGGAACUUGAAGGAGAGGGAGAAUGGGGAGAGGGAGGAGGAGGAGAGGAGGAGAGGAGGCGAGAACGAGGAGGAAGAGGAGGAGAAGCAGAAUGGAGAAAGAGAGAAGUCAGAAAAAGCUUGGGGGAAUCAGCCGACCGGAGGACUUGAACUGGAAGUGAAAUUCGGGCCUCGCUCCAUUUGCAUCACACUGUUUUUGAAAGUGUACGUGGACCUCUCGUCGUCUCGCUUCGUUUUUAGAACGUAACCGGCAUCCAGUCCAUGUACAGGCCGUUUUUUUUUGUGCGAGGGGCGAAUGUAGUUAGGAACGGAAGAGAAUGGAAAGACGCGUAGAGCAGGUUCGAGUUUUAAAAUUUCGAAAUUUUAGUGUUUUUUUUUUCCGAAUGUUUUUUUUUUUUUUUUUUUUUUUUUUUUUUUUUGGUUAAGAACGUGUGAGGCUAAGUGUCACGCUGCUGCUUCAUGCCAGCCUUUCGUUUUUCGUUGACGGCAGCAGAAUUAUCUGUUCGUCGUUUUCGCGGCGCGGCACGGCACAGGAGGCUUCACCCGAGAGCUCGAAGGGCGUACUCACACUAGCACUUUUCCUAAAUGAAUGUGACCUUAAUUACGGCCGCAUUCGGAUGUAGUUGACCGCAAUCACGGCAAGAGCUCGGUGAUGAAAAGAAAAAAAAGAAGUCCUACUGUGAGUACGCCUAAAGUCUUCUCCUAAUUUUGGAGAGCAAUGAGGAUAAACGAGCCAUUUGUAG